AUGAAGGACAAGACAAUAUAUCAUUCCGUGGCAACAGAAAACGAGGGACAUGCAGUUCUACUGGAGGAAGAUAAUAUCGCGAUAGGCGAGGAACUUGCUUUAGAAAACCCCAACGAAACAAACCACUCUUCUAUUGCGAUCCCAAUGCGGAAAUCAUCCAACCUAAACGUAGAGGGCAUCAAGCUGUUGAAAGUGCUAGUGCAGUUUUGA